AAUGUCAUGAAAACAUUACAACUUCAAUAUAAAGGCUAUUUACAACUUCAUCGCCGAUCAGCUAACUCAACGGUCGAGAUUAACGCAAUUAUAAAUCAACGGACUUGAUCGUCCAGUGGCGAAUCGGAGUCUUUACAAUAAUAAAAGUCAGGGUUUUUCUCACAGUUAAGCUAGAACUGAAAGACGUUGAGGUGAGCGACGCUUCCAGAGAUUAUCAUCAUCCACAGAGAAACUCAAAAGAUUGAAGAAGAUGCAUUACAUGGGGUUGUUUAGUAAAGCUGGAAACAUAUUCAGGCAGCCUAGAGCGAUGCAGGCCGCGAACGCUAUGUUACAGGGCAAUCUUUCUUUGACUCCAUCCAAACUCUUUGUUGGAGGUCUCUCACCAACUACUGAUGUAGAUAUCUUGAAAGAAGUUUUUGGCAAAUUUGGCAAAAUCGUUGAUGUGGUAGUGGUUUCGGACCGUGAAACUGGUGUAUCGAAGGGAUUUGGUUUCGUAACGUAUGAUUCCAUCGAUGCUGCUAAUAAGGCAAUGCAACAGAUGAAUGAUCAGGAACUUGAUGGGAGAAUAAUUGGAGUGAACCCAGCUGAUUCAGGAGGCGGUGGAGGUGGUUUUGCAAGAAGGGGAGGCUAUGGUGGUGGCCGUGGUGGAUUUGGUCGUGGUGGAUUCGGACGUGGUGGCUAUAACUUUGUUCGUUAACUUGGCAUCUAGGAGUGUCUACUUCCAAGAUUUAUUAGUCUUCUGUUUCAUUUUUUCUUCACAUAGACCAUUUUUUGUGUUAUAACGUUCACUGAAGCUUUGAAUAAACAGAUGAAGCAGCUAUAGUUGGCAAACA